AUGUCUCCAGUUCCACUCGCCAUGACAAUACCUCCAUCAGCGCAGCUUCAACACGCACAACGCAACACAUUGUCUCUCACCACGAGCUCAUCUGCCAACGCGGCGAAGUCAUUUCCGAAGCACCCUCUGCUGCGUCACACACUCCACAUUCGUAUGUCGCGGGUCGACCUUCAUAUGACACACCCCAUAUUCCCAACACACGCCCUGUGCGUUGCAAACAGUGCAGCCAUCAGCGAUUCACACUGCUCCACUCCCACUAAACGCGCCGCUUGA